CCAGGGCUGUGCCUGACCCUCUUUCUUCUCUCCCCAGCCUCCUUCUUUGGGGACAGCUACGUGGAGAUGCCGCUGGCGGAUGCCUCGCGGACCGUGCGGCUGCACCUGCAGUUCUACACCAGCCAGGGCAAUGGGCUGCUCUUCCUUGCCGCUGGCCAGCCUGACCACCUCCUGCUCCAGCUGCGAGCCGGCAGCCUGCAGGCCAGGCUGCGGCUGGGCUUGGAGGAGGUGAUGCUGCAGUCCCCAGCAGGGCUGCAGCUCAACAACCUGGUGGUGCAUGACGUGGAGCUGCUGGUGGAAGACAGCAGGAUGAUGCUGACCAUCGAUGGCCUCUUCAACAGCUCCACGGACAUCUCAGGACCCAUACGGGAGCUGGACAUCCAGUACGGCCUCUACGCCGGUGGGACAGGCAGCCUUGACCUGCCGUACCUCUCCGAGGCCAGCUCGCCCUUCAGAGGUUGCCUCCAUUUAGUGACAUUCAAUGGCCUGGAUGUCCUCUCCCCCCCGUCCUCUGAUGGCAGCUCCAAGAUCUUCCACCAGGUCCAGGAAGGGUGCAGCACCCAGUUCUCUGCAGAGCCCGAGGACCCCUUUGGGUUCGUGGGGCCACACUCCUACAUCGCGUUUCCCACGUGGGAUGCAAGGGAGGAAGCAACAAUCGAAUUCGUGAUAACGACAAGCAUCACCCAGGCACCCCUCAUCUACCACACAGGGCUGGAGAAUGACUUCUUCUACCUGGAGAUCUCCAAUGGGCGCCUGAGAGGGUUUGUUGAGAAGGGGAACGGCAUCAUUGUCCUGCACAACAAUGUCUUCAUCAGCGAUGAACAGCAGCACUAUGUCAAAGUCUACAUGAACACCCACAAGUUUGAGAUCCUGAUUGAUUACUACGCCUCAUCCACAUCCAACCGGGGCAUCAACAACUAUCUGGACCUUCAGGGAAACCUCUUCAUUGGAGGUAUGAACGAAAAAGCUUUGCAAAGGCUGAGGGAGCACCAUCUUGCUUUCAUGUCAGCAUGGACCAUGACCAACAGCUCGUUUGUUGGCUGCUUGGAGGACCUGCGGAUAAACCUGCAGAGGAGGAGUCUGCAAGAUGCUGUGAUCACGAAGGACAUCACAGCAGGCUGUGGAAAGCAGGACCACUACUGGGACUAUGAGGAGGUGUAUGAGCAGGAUGAAGCACCCACCUCCCCACCUCCAGAUGUCUGGUUGGGAGCACCAGGGCUGGUGGUAGAACCAUGCCAGCCAGACAACAGCUUCCCGCCCGCCUUCGCCAACAUCAGCAGGCUGCUGCACGUCAGCCCCCUCAUCGUCUCUGAGGGGGGCAUGGCCUAUCUGGAGUGGAAGCACGCCCAACCAACAGUAGACUUGAGCCUUGCAAACAUCCGGCAGUCCCAAAUCCUCUUUAGCAUCACCAAUGACCCAAGGCAUGGCCAGCUGGAGCUAGACAUUCCCGGAUCCAGGAGCAGAAGGAAGUUCACCUUGUUGGACAUUGUGAAUCGGAAAGUCAGAUACAUCCACGAUGGCUCCGAGGGGCCCAUGGACCAGCUGAUGCUGGAGGUGACAGUGACUGCCCAGCAAGGGGUCCCCGAGUGCUUACGGCAAGGGCAGAUGUACCUGCUGCCCAUCAUGAUCAACCCCAUCAACGAUGCCCCACAGGUGAUCUUUCCCCACGGGAACCACAUGACAGUCCUGAAGCACACGCGGAAGCACCUGACCACAGACAUCCUGCAGGUCCUAGAUGAUGACACAUCCUGUGAUGACCUCGAAUUCCAGCUGCACAGUGACCAGCAUAUAGAGGAGGGUUACGUGGAAUAUGACUUCCACCCUGGAGUGCCCAUCGAAGAGUUCUCUUGCAGGGACCUGGAAGCAGGCAACAUCAUCUAUGUGCACCAGAGUGGGACAAACUUACAGCUCACCUUGCAGGUGAGCGACGGCACAGUCCCAAGCCCCAUUGCCACCUUGAGGAUCCUCGCCAUAGACCCUGACAUCCGCCUGCACAACAACACCGGCCUCUCCAUCUCCCAGGGAGGGGCUGCAAGCAUUACCACGGCCAACCUGUCAGUGGAGACAAACGCUGAGAAACAACAGGUCGCCAUUCUGUACAUCUUCACGGAGCCUCUAAGGUAUGGUGAGGUCCAGAAGCAAGGGAGCAUGGGAGGAGAAUGGAAAAAAGUUGAGUCCUUCCACCAGCAAGAUCUGGAGCAAGGGCGCAUCCAGUAUUUCAGCACAGACCAGGAGCACCGGCUGGAAGACGUCACAGAGAAGCUGAGAUUUGACGUCCAGGUGGGGCAGAAGGUCUUGCAAAACAACACCUUUCUCAUAAGGAUUAAAAGAGCCACCAUUAAGAUGAGGACCAUGGUCCCUCUGCAGAUGAAGAACAAGCGGCACAGAAAUAUCACUAGUAAGGAGCUGGAGGCAAUGUUGGAGGAUCCAAACUCUGCCCCAGGCCCCUUCCACUACGUGAUCAUCCAGGCUCCCAAAAAGGGAAACCUGGAGCUGCUUGGCAACAGGUUGACAGAAGGCUUUGGAUUUACCCAAGAUGACCUGCAAAGAAACCACCUGAGCUACACCGCAACCAUCAGGAACUCUCAGCAAGCCGAGGACACCUUCCAGUUUCGUGUCCAUGCUGGUGAGCAGCACUCCCCUGUCUACACCUACACAAUCGGCAUUGGUGGGGACCCUGAUGCACCAGUUCUGACCAACAUCCUCCUGACCGUGCCAGAAGGGGGCCAAGCCAUCAUCUCCAAGGACCACUUGUUUGUACAGAGCAUGAACAGCAUGGACUACCUCUACGAAGUGAUUGAGGGGCCAGUACACGGGAGACUGGCCUGGGCUGCGUCCCAUGGCUGGGCCUCCAGAGAGGAGAUCAUGGAGUUCACCAAUGAUGACAUCCUCCACCGCCGGCUGCUGUACCAGCACGACGACUCCGAGACGCUGGAGGACGACAUCCCCUUUGUAGCAAUCAGGCAAGGCGAGGGCAGCACCGAGUCCGAUGCGGAGGAGGUGAGAGGUGUUUUCAGGGUCUCCAUCCAACCCGUCAAUGACCACACCCCAGUGCAAGUAGUGAACAAGGUCUUCAAUGUGGUGCGCAAUGGGCAGCACCUGCUGACAACAGAGGACAUCGCCUUCACUGACAAGGACUCUGGCUUCUCCGACACACAGCUGGUGUUGGUGAGGAAGGACAUUUUGUUUGGCAGCAUUGUAUCUGUCGAUGACAGAAGCCACCAGGUCUAUCGGUUCACACAGGAUGACCUGAGGAAGAAGAAGAUCCUUUUUGUCCAUUCAGGGGCUGACCGGGGCUGGAUCCAGCUACAGGUCUCAGAUGGCCUCCACCAAACCACAGCCCUCCUGGAAGUACAGGCAUCAGACCCCUACAUCAAAAUAGUCAACAACACCGGUCUAGUCAUCCACCAGGGGAGCCAAGGGAGCAUUGACUCAUCUGUCCUCAGCCUGGAGACCAACAUGGACAUCAGGUCAGAUGAAGAGAUACGGUUCCUGAUAACAACCCCACCAAGGUGGGGAACUGUGCUGAGAGGGGAGCAGCCAGUCAUGGCCUUCUCCCAAAGGGACCUGUUAGCAGGAGAGAUCUCCUACCGCCACAACGGGAGCAGGAACAUCAGAGAUGAGCUUCAGUUCACUGUAGAAGCAAACGAGGUGGCAGUGGAGGACACACUGGCCAUCAGUGUGUUCUUGGACACCCAUCCCAGCCCCCUGCACCUAGUCAACCACAAAGAGAUCCAUGUCUUCCAGGGAGAAGCAGCUGGGAUCAAGGAGGAGUACUUACUGGUGACCCAUGAAGAGAUUCCUCCCCAAGACAUAGUCUACCUGGUGAGCAGCCUGCCGACCUCCGGCUUCCUGGCCAUGCUUCAGGACAGUCAAGACUCAAACGAGCAGCCCAGCCUGGACCCCAUCCAGUCCUUCACCCAGGAGGACAUCAACAACGGCAGAGUCCUCUACCUCCACUCCAAGCCAGAGGAGGAGCGUGACCGGUUUGUCGUGGACAUCACAGCCAGCAGUGCGGACCCACUGGAGGGGGUGGUGGUGAGCCUAAUUGUGCUCCCCAUCGCCAUCCCCCUGGAUGUCCACAACAUCACGGUGACAGGAGGCGGCUCUGCUACCCUCUCCACAGGCAUCCUCAACAUCCCCAACACCUACUUCACUGCUCUUGGUGUGGAGUUCAAGGUGCUCGAGCCUCCCCGGUUCGGCACCCUUCUAAACAGCAAGCACCCCGGGCACGGAGCUCUGCACAGCUUCACCUGGAGCCAGGUGGAGAACCAGCAGAUCCAGUACCGGCAGGACGGCCUGCGGACCCAGCUGCGGGAAGGCACCACGGCUGCCAUUGGCCCCCACAUCCUAAGCGCCGACGAUGAGGACUCGCCGGCAGAGGAGGUGAUCUACUCCAUCCAGCCCCCAGCCAAUGGGAAGGUGGUGCUGCGGUCAGCACCCGGUGCUGAGGUCCGGCAGUUCACCCAGGCCCAGAUAAACGACGGCCUCGUCCUCUUCAUGCAUCAAGGUAGGGCAGGCCUGACACCCUGGUCCACACCAUGCCAGGUUAAUGGGGAGGCUGCAGCCCCUUCUGCACCCCCAUAAGUGCCCAGCUCUGUGCUUUCUGCAGGGCUCUUGGAUGGGGGCUUCGCCUUCGACCUGUGGGAUGGUGAGAACCUGUCUCCUGGACACUUCUUCCUCAUCAGGGCCCAGAGAGAGACCCUCAUCAGCCUGGCCAAAAAGGAGAGCCUCACUGUCUGCCCAGGUGCCCUGCAGCCCAUCACCACCCAGAACCUGCAGGCAGUGAGCAACAGUCCCGCUGGCUCCACCGUCCUGUACUACAGCAUCGAGCAAGCCCCACGCCUGGGCAGGCUCAGCACCUCCCGCGGGGAGGAAAUCAGGAACUUCACCCAAGCCCAGGUGGACAACGGGUUGAUUUUCUACCAGCAUGAGAUGCCAGAGAAGCCCUUCUGGCUCACCCAAGAUGCCGUCCGCUUCCAUGUGGUCACUCCCACAGCCAUCUCCAAUUCCUUCAUCCUCCUCGUGCUGAUCUCCUUCGAGGCCAGGUGUCCCCAGCGCUCGACUCAGCUAUGGAGAAAUGCAGGUCUCCAGCUUGCAAGGGCUCAACGUGCUGAGAUCAGCACCUCGGUGCUGGAUGCCUCCAACCUCCUAAGCCAGAUCCCGGUCCCCGGCAGGGCUGCACACGAUGUUGUCUUCCUGGUGACGGAGCUGCCGGCUCAUGGGGAGCUCUUGGUGGCUGGUGCGCCCCUGGAGCAGUCACAGCCGUUCUUCCUGCAGUCAGACCUGGCCACCGGACGCCUGGUGUAUGCCCAUGGUGGAGACGGUGUCUCUGAAGACCGUUUCAGUUUUAAGGCCUGGCUCUGGCCCCGGGUGCAGCAGUCCAUCCGUCUUCCACAGGAAGGGGUGGUCAUCUCUGAAACUUUCAAUAUAACAGUAGCCAGCAGCAGCAAGCCACCGCAGGUGGUGAGACGGCAAGAAGUGCUGCGGGUCUCACCUGGCUCCAUGGUGACCCUGUCCCAGGAAUACCUGGAUGUGGCAGACCCAUCACGUUCCCCAGAGGCGAUGGUGUACAGCAUCCUCCAGAGACCCCUCACUGGCCACCUGGCCAAUGCACGCAACCCACGGAAGCCUGUCCACCGCUUCACCCAAGCAGAUGUCAACGCAGGCCACGUGGUGUUUGUUGCCACCGGAAGCCAUGCACAAGAGUCCUUAGCCCUGAGCCUCUUCGAUGGCCACCACCCGCCCACCUUGACCUCACUGGAGAUUGAGGUGCUGCCUGCCGUGAGCACCACUGCCAGCCCAGUGCUGCUGGAGGUGCCCCAGGACCUGAACAGGGCCUCCAUGUCCCAUGACCACCUCCUGGGAGGUGCACCGCUGGGGUCAGGCAAUGUCCUGUACAGGAUCACCAGGGACCCAAGGUUUGGCCAAGUGCAGGUCAACCAAAAGCCAGCACGGGGCUUCUCACAGAAGCAGCUGGACCGUGGGGAAGUGAUGUUCACCUUCACUGACCUCACCUCUCCCGAGGACAGCUUCCAGUUCCUUGCCAUGUCACGAGCAGCCAACAGGAGCAGGGUGGUGAACGUGACCGUCCGCGCCUUGGUGAAGGCUCGGCCAGGCAGCGUGUGGCCCAGGGGCACCACAGCCCUCCUGGACACCAGCGUCCUCGAUGCCAGCGAGCUGGCCAACCGCACCAAGAGUGUCCCAGUCUUUAAAAUCCGUAGUGCGCCUCAGGGCAGCCGUCUCGUGCGGAUCUCCAGGGACCCUGGGCAACCCAUCACCCCCAUUGAGACCUUCAGCCAGAGAGAGCUGGAGCAAGGACUGGUCGGGCUGGAGGUGCUGGAUGCUGAGGAGACUGACCAACCCCUGCAGAGCGACAGCUUCGUUUUUGAGCUGGCGGCUGCCGGUGUGCCACCAGCGCUGGCAUCCCUGGGCUACAGCAUUGAGCCCUACAAUGCCUCGAAAGCCUACAGUGUCACUCUGCUCACAGCCCCCCUGGCACCCUCGUCCCCAGCACCCCAGGACACAGCAUGGAGCAGCCCCAACGCCAGCGAGCUGGGGAUGCCUCCCACCACCUGGCCGAGCCCUGGUGCCACCACCAGCCCCGUGGAGGGGGCCACCUUCCUCAGCUUCAUCGAGGCCAACAUGUUCAGCAUCAUCAUCCCCAUCUGCCUCAUCUUCCUCCUGCUGGCUCUCAUCCUGCCCCUGCUCUUCUACCUGCACAAGCGCAACAAGACAGGGAAGCACCACGUCCAGGGCACCCCCUCCUCCAAGGCCAAAAAUGGGGCUGUGCCGGACCAGGAGACUUUCCGGAGAAUGGACCCCAACCAAGGCAUCCCCCUAACGACUGUCAACUCCCUGGAGGGCAAGGGCACAGGUCCUCCGCCCCAGGGCACAGGGCCGGGGCCCCCGCCAGACCCCGAGCUCCUCCAGUACUGCCGGACUUCCAACCCCCCCUUGAAAAACAACCAGUACUGGGUGUGA